UGAAGCUCUCAUCUCAAAACCAUAGCUCUUCACCUUCUGCCAAUUCUACUCCAUCCACCUCAACAGCAGCAGCAGCAGCAUCACCAACCUUUACUCACACUACACAUCACAACACCGCAACACCGCAACCAUGGCCGUGACCAACGCCCUCCAGGACCUCUUCAACAGCUUCUACGAGCUCCUCUCGUCCAUCUUCAACGCCUUCUACCACGUCCUGCAGACCUUCUUCAACGCCAUCAUCGGCUUCUUCACCGGCAUCGUCAACCUCGUGUCGGACGUUUUCGCCGGCGCCAUCGACGUCGUCGGCGGCCUGGGCAAGUUUGUCCUGAGCAACUUUGUCAUCAUCGGCGUCAUUGCCGCUGGCGGCUACGCGUACGUCCGCUACACGUCGCAGGGAAGACAGGUCGCCGCCGGCAAGAAGACGGCGUAGAGAAAGUCGUCAGCACGGUGCCGAUAUAAUACCACAGCGCCAGAGCAGGGCACGGUCGAUGGAUAAUGCGUCUUGAAUACAGGUGCAUGGCAGGGUUGAUACCACACUGAGUGCUAGUUUUGAAUUUCUGUCGAGCCAUGAAUACCACCUUUUAGUUGCGCACUACUUGCCCCGCGCUUUC